AUGGAUUAUCAACUGCUCUCUUCUGAAUUCCCAGAAGAAACCUCUCAUGAGGAUAUCGUCGGUGCCGCAGAUCUUGCCGCUCAAUUGGAACGGGCAAGGAAUGACUCGACAUUCGACGAGCCAUCUCAAUCUACUGCUCUUACUCAAGAUGGGAGAGCGUUGGGUGAUGAUGGAGGACACUUGAAAGAUGAUCAAGCGAGAGGAGAGGAUGGAGUGGGAUUGGGUAAAUUGGAGAAGAGGGCUAGACAGAAGGAUCAGAAUAGGAAAGCGGCAGAGAGGAGUCGACAGAAGAGGCGAGAUGAACAAUCCGCUAUCGAAGCUAACAUCACCAACAUGCAAGAAGAAAACGCGCAACUUCGAGCUAAACUACAAACACUCUUGUCUUCCCGUCCUGAAGUAACCACAUCAACCAUCGUUCCUCCUCCUCCCCCUACACUUACUCAACCUAUCGUCGAACCCAACGAUCCCACCGCUGUUGACCACGCUUAUCUCGCCAAACUUCAGGCGGAGCUCGAACAAUGUCGUGCCACCCUUCUCUCCCGUCAACUGGAAUAUGUCGCCAUAUCAUCCGGUAGACCAGACCAGGAGAAAAAUGAUGAAUUGGAAGCACGACGUGUCACAUUACUAGGACUGUACAAAACUCUCGUCACUCUGCAAGCUGAAGCUACUAGUAUAUCAAAAGUUACUAAUGCGCUGAAUUUGGACAAGGAUCAUUCGGAGCGACAAUGGGAGGUAUUGAGGAAAGAGAUUGUAAGGCGUCGAAAUAUAUUGAUGGGUGAUAGACCGGAUCUGGGGGAGAAUGAAGGGGAUGAAAGAGUUGAUGAAACAGGUGAUGAACCGGGUGAUAGGGAGUUGUUAGUGAUCCGAGGUUGGGUAGAUGAGGCAGUUAGGAAUUGGGAUCCUGCUGCUGAAACGGCAGCUUGA